AUGAACCAUAAAGAGCCAUCAAUGAAUUCACUUGAAAAUGAAUCGAAAAACUAUAAAUCGUUAUAUGAAGAAAUAGCACAAAAUGACAGUAAAAUUUAUUUGAACUCAACCAUGACAGAUAAUUUUAUGCGAUACGGUGAUGAGACGGAUCAAUGCUGUUGCUGUAAAAUUCACCGCAGGCAACACAACAACAUCAUUGCAGGUGGUGCGGUGACGAAAGCUUUCACUAUUCCUAUUUACAACACCAUCUGGAUUGGUGAGAUGAAAAACGCCACUGAUUACAUCGAAUAUUUGAACCAGACUCGUCGAAACAGCUUCAUUAGUCUAAAUAAGGAUUAUCGAUCAAAUUUCUACAAACUCAUGGUUUGCGACUAUAACUCAUUGAACAAUGAUAUCACCCACCACAACAUCAGCAACAACAAUGAUAUAGAUAAAAAUCUAUUACAAGUUCCACAACUGCAUACCGACGAAGAACUACGCAAAACUCCCGAAUUUGAUGACAUUUCCAAGAAAAUCGAAGAAAUUAAUACACUCGAUACGAAUGUUUCUACUUUAAUCUACAAAUCGAUAGAAGUUCACGCGGAUAUAUUGACAUUGGAUGCAACUGUAAGUCGACUGUUAGCUGAAACACGGAAACUUCUGGAAGAGAUUGAAGAUGUGAAAUGUCUCGAUGAAAUAAUUGACAUGCUGAAUAGUGAAAUUCCAAUAAUCCAUCGAGAGUGGCGCUUUAUCUAUGCUCAAAGCAAUGUAAAUAAGAUCCCUGUGGAUGAAGGCAUUAUGGUAUCUUGUAGCUAAUCUAAUGAGUGAUGGAAUUAACUGUGUUUAUGGCUAGUUGACGGUUUAGGGUGAGUUGUAUUCAAGGAAAAAUUUUACAAGCAAAUAGAAUUGUGAUUUUGGUAAAUUCAGG